AUGUGUGCGAGUGUACGCGCCUCGAUUGAGAAGAAGGAGAUCGUGUAAAGUCCGGUGGAGUUAGAGUGCGCGGAAAAGAGAGUGAGAAGAAAUACACAUACAACGAUGAAGAUACUACCGUCGAUUGGUAAUCGUUGAUAAACGUGCGGAACGAACCAUGUGCAGGAGUAAUAAGGAAACGAAAUGGGUCUGAAGGGUGGAAAGGACGAAUAGGAGAAGAGAAUGGAUGGAACAACGUCGAAAACACUUUCACCAAGCUCCUCAGGAUCUGGAAAGGUCCACUUGGGCGAGGGAAUGGCGUUGUCUGGUCUACGAAGGGCUCUGUCGCAAGUGUCUAUGCUUGUCGUGAAAGCGACCACCUCCGGAGAGGCUGCUUGGAGGGAGGAAUUGCAAAAAUAUCGUCAGACCAGGUUCAGCUCGCGGCGGAUCCGCAAAAGGGUGGUUUUCAAGCACGGCGAUUGCAAUGUCGUACAAGGAAAUGUCGCCAAACGACGUCGUCGUUACCUUCAGGAUAUUUUCACGACACUGGUGGACGCACAAUGGCGCUGGACCCUGCUGGUGUUCUCCAUGAACUUUCUUCUGUCGUGGCUAGGUUUCGCGUUGAUAUGGUGGCUGAUAGCUUACAGCCACGGUGAUCUCGAUCCAGAGAAUUACAACAAUCCGAACAUCACCUUCACACCAUGCAUCGUGGACAUCCGAGGGUUCACCAGCUCCUUCCUCUUCUCCAUCGAGACACAACACACGAUCGGGUACGGCUCGAAACAUCCUACAGACGAGUGUCCAGAGGCGGUGUUCGUGAUAUGCAUCCAAUCGAUGACAGGUGUGAUCCUGCAGGCGUUCAUGGUCGGCAUAGUUUUCGCCAAGCUCUCCCGUCCGAAGAAGAGAACACAGACGCUGCUGUUUUCGAGGAACGCGGUGAUCUGUCAGAGAGAUGGCCAGCCUUGUCUGAUGUUCCGUGUCGGCGAUAUGAGAAAGAGCCACAUCAUCGAGGCUCACGUCAGAGCGCAAAUGAUCAAAAGGAAGGUUACCAGAGAAGGAGAAUUGCUGCCGUUCUUCCAGACGGAGCUGAAAGUGGGCGGCGAUGGCGAAGAGGACAAGAUUUUCUUUAUCUGGCCAACUACCAUCGUGCACAAGAUCGACGAACAGUCGCCCCUUUAUCACAUAUCGGCCAGCGAUAUGCUGAGAGAACGAUUCGAGAUUGUGGUGAUAUUGGAGGGUGUGAUCGAGUCGACUGGCAUGACCACUCAGGCCAGAAGCUCUUACUUGCCGUCUGAAAUUUUAUGGGGUCACAGAUUCGAGCAUAUAAUUACUUUCAAAAAGGAGACCGGCGAGUACGAAGUGAAUUAUACGCUUUUUAAUAACACGUACGAGGUUGACACACCACUCUGUUCAGCGGCCGAUCUGGACAAAAUUCGAGCGAUGCAACGCGCGAAAGGAGAGCGUAUGAGCAGCAGUGGUUUCCCUCAUUAUCGCGAUGCGUCCAGCAGUUCUUUGACCACCGGAUCCGGUUCGAGCCUGGCUUCGUCCACCGGCGGAUUGCACAUGAACGUGCCGAUGACGCCACUGACUCCGAUUCCAGUUAUGAUCACCGGCCCUGACGGCUCCCUGCGACGCGAGAGCAUGCAAAGUGUGCAAACAGACGCGAAACAGCCGAUAUUUUACACACAGAACGAGUUUUCGGACAGCGAGCCUCAUCCACUGAGUCACCAUCACGAGGAAUCGAGUAACCAGGAGGAUUACAAUCGCGUGUUAAAAGAUAUCAACGCGACGUUGAGAAAAAGUCGAGGACCUAUGAAAGAGGACAGGAGAAUUCACAGAGAACCGUCGAAAUGCACUUUGGAUUCGAGGAAAAGCGAGUCCAGAGAUGUGAUGAGAAGAUCUGCCUCCAGAACAACCAUGGACCAAAUCGUGAUCAACCCUCCGCCAAGAUCUCCCUCGCGCCAGCAUUUAGAUCCCAGACAUACCACGUUCGCCGAAACAAUGGAAUAUCGCGAACCUCCACCUCAUCCCUUUCCCUCUUCGAGGAGAUCGAGCCUAGGCGACAACCAUAAGUCGAAAGAGCCGCAGAAAAAGACCAGCUUCAUUCUUGGCGACGACGACCACGUGAUAAACAUAGAACCAACGAUCUCUAAGGUGUCUCUUGCGCGACACGAUCAUUUGGACAUCGAUUCAUCCAAGACGAAUCAUCAUCCUCGUAAUAGGGGUCCUCAGGAACAAGUGUAGGGACGAGGAGAACGUUUGGAUUCCGCGAACGGAAGGGCGGUGUGAAUGCCGGAGGAAAGUGAGAGGAAAGGAAGG